CCUGCUUCGUGAACGGGACUGGCUGAAGGAAAUCCACCGACACGGAUCGCGCAGCUGGGUUACACCCGGAACCUGAAGGAUCCACUGGGAAGUAAUUAGAUCUGUGUCAACUGGAUCCAGUAAACGGAGCUCCGGAGCUGCUGGUUGCUCCCCAGUCACGAUCCUCCGGCUGUGGACGGCGGCGGCUCGGUUUGCAGAUAAACAGGGAGUCAGCCUGAGAGAGAGAGCUGACUCUGACUGACAACCGGUCAUGGGACCCAAGCGGUCGACUUGGAUCCUACGGGUACAGUGUCAGGAAAGUGAACCUUCUCUCCCUGACCAGGAGAGAAGGAAGCGCUGGGCUGAGCUGUUCGACCAGCUGGACCUCAACAAAGAUGGACGUAUUGACAUCUUGGAGCUGCGGGCAGGGCUGGCAGGCCGAGGGCUCUCUAAAGGCUCCCUGGAGAGGCUUGUGAAGGCCGGGGACAUCAACCAGGACGGAGUCCUUGACUUCGAGGAGUUUAUCCAGUAUCUUCGCAACCACGAGAAACAGCUUAAAGUCAUAUUUCGUCAUGUGGACAAAAACAAUGAUGGUCAGAUUGAUGCCGCAGAGAUUCGGGACUGUCUGCACACCAUUGGUGUGAACAUUAGCUUUGAAGAUGCCACCAGGAUUCUGCUAAGUAUGGACAGGGAUGGCACUAUGACGAUUGACUGGACUGAAUGGCGUGACCACUUCCUGUUCAACCCCCUGGAUAACAUGGAGGACGUGGCUCGGUUCUGGAAGCGUUCAAUGAUAUUGGACACAGGUGAGCAGCUGACAGUCCCAGAGGAGUUUUCAGAAGAAGAGAAGAAGUCUGGCUAUGUGUGGCGGCAGCUGAUGGCUGGGGUCGUGGCUGGGUCUGUAUCUCGAACUGGAACCGCUCCAUUGGACCGCCUGAAAGUCUUCAGACAGGUGCACGGCUCCUCUGACUUUAAAGGGAAUGCUCUGAGCGGCUUCCAGUACAUGCUGAAAGAGGGAGGACCUUGGUCUCUGUGGAGAGGCAACGGAGUCAAUGUCCUGAAAAUCGCUCCUGAGACUGCCAUCAAAUUCACCGCUUAUGAACAGAUCAAGAGUAUAAUGCGUGGCCGUGAUGAAGCCAGAACUUUGAGGGUUCAUGAGAGGUUUGUUGCCGGCUCUUUGGCUGGAGCAACAGCUCAGACAGCCAUUUACCCGAUGGAGGUGUUGAAGACCCGUCUCAAUCUAAGAAAAACGGGUCAGUACUCAGGGAUAACAGAUUGUGCUAAACAGAUCCUGCAGCGGGAAGGUGCUGCGGCCUUCUACAAGGGUUAUGUUCCCAACAUGUUGAGCAUCGUCCCUUAUGCUGGUAUUGACCUGGCGGUGUACGAGACACUAAAGCUCGCGUGGCUGAAAAGGAACAGAGGCUUGCCCGACCCAGGGGUUAUGGUGUUGGUGGGAUGCGGUGCAGUCUCCAGCACAUGUGGGAUGCUUGCGAGUUACCCGUUGGCCCUGAUCCGCACACGUAUGCAAGCACAAGCUUCACUGAAAGGAGCCCCUAAACUGUCAAUGCUGUCCUUGCUCCACAACAUCGUCACGCAGGAGGGCCUUGCCGGGCUUUACCGAGGAAUCUCCCCCAACCUGCUGAAAAUCAUCCCAGCCGUGAGCGUGUCCUAUGUUGUCUACGAGUACAUGAGGAUGAUGCUGGGAGUGGACAUCGAGGGUAGGGGAGGAGGGAAGGGGAAAUGGUAGAUAAAGGAGAUGUGGUGUGUGGUGAGUUCAUAACCUGCAAGCACGUGCAGAUGCGUUGUCGGCGCAUGAAAAAAAGGGCUUUAUUUGUGAAUAAUUUUGAGCGCGUCUUGCUUUCAUGUCCACCAGCUGGUCCUGAAAAAGAAAUAAGGCAUUCCAAGCAAAAAAAAAGCAGGCAGCUUGACAUUGUUUUGUUUUUUUUCCAUUUUAUUUAGUUCUGAAAGAAAACAGAAGUAUUUUAGGUUAAGGCAGAGUCCACUUAAACAUUAAAAAGAGAGACUGAUCUAACCCAACUGCAAGAAAGAAAAACACAUCCAACUGAUCUCCCUGAGCAAACGCGUCGACUGGAGAAAACAGGUAAAAACCUCAUUAAAGUUUUUAUAGUUUUAAACAAGGUGUCACCAAAGACGGCAUAAAAGUACGGUGCCUUGCAAAAGUAUUCACACUCCUUAAAAUUUUUCAAAUUUGUUCAUGUUAUAAAUAAAACAAUUUUAUAAUUUACUGUGGUUUAAUGUGAUAGACCAACACAAAGGCUGCAUGAUUGUGAAGUGGAUGUAAAAUGAUGCAUGGUUUAACAUUUUAUGGAGUGGAAGCACAUUUGUAAUCAGUCUCCUUUCCUCUGAUACCCUUAAAUAUGCAGUGCAACCAAAUGCCUUAAGAAGGAACUUAGUUGGUAAACAGAGCCCACUUGCAUGUAAUUUAAUCUCAUUAUAAAUGGAGCUGAUCUGUGAAGGCCUCAGAGGUUAGAGAACAUUGGUGGAAAGAAAUGAUACCAUGAAGAACAAGGAACACAGCAGACAGGUCUGUGGUAAAUUUGUGGCAAUUUAAAUUAAUUGUUGACAGAAUGCUGUAAGAAGUCUGCUUAAAGUCAAGGCAAUCUGACUGAGGUUCAGCAAAUUUGCAAAGUUCGUUCUGCAAAGUAUUGGCUGAGUGGCACUGUACAGAAAUCUAUACUCAGUGGGGUUUGUGCUUGUAACAAAGAUUAAAAACAUUGUAUCAUUUCCUUCUACUUUAUAAUUCAUUCUACUUUGUGUUACUCUGUGCCAUGAAGUCCCCAGAAAAUACAAUAAGGUUUGUAGUUGUAAUGUGACAAAUGUGAAAAGGUUUGAGGGGUAAGAACACCUCUGUAAGACACAGCAGAUGGACAUUAUAAGACCAUGACCUUUGCAGAAUUAUGGUUUCAGGAUGGUCAAAUAGCCAAAAGCUCCAGACCUGAAACUCACUGCAGGGUUUAUAAACCACGGCUGGAUGCUGAUUGGCUUGAACCCUUGGAGACAUUAACCAAAAAUGCAUUCGUACAGGAAAUGUAACGUCUAUGUUUUCAACAUAAGAAUGAGAAAAUGGGAAAUAUACAAAAAUUAAUGAUGUAUAAUGUAAUGAAUCAUCAGCCUCCAUCUGCAAAGGCUGCUGUUAUUUUCUGGAGUGAUGCAUUGCUUCUGAAAGCUAACAGCUGUGUGGAAGCUAACCUGCAACCAUCUCGCUGCUGCUGCUGCUGCUGCUGCAGUAGCGAUCUGCAUGGAUAGUCUUGCAUGAACUUGCCAGAUACAAAAUCAUCUCUGGAAGCCAAGUCACUGUGCAUUCCUUUAGCAUUGUUUUCUCUACCAGGUGGGAUAUAGAGAAGACGGCUGUGGGAGGAACCUGAAGGUGGGGAAAUCAGACUCAGGACAGUUGCUGAUGAGUCUUAAACAAAUAUUACCAAUACCAAAGCACAAUGAUAGCCUAACAGAAGGAGGCAGUCUGUAUCAUUAUCACCUCUUUAAGUGAAAGGACGAUGGUGAAACAGGAGGAGCGGCACACAGAGCUGCCUUUAUGGACUGGAACCUGACAAUGGAUUAAGAGGAUCUGCUAUAAGAUAACUGUCUAUGCAGAAAAACAUGUAUCAUGGAGUAAUACCCUUUAAAGACUUGACAUGGUUCACUGCCACAUAAUGUUUUCUAAUCCUUGCUGUAAAAGGUUAAACUUAUCUGUUUAUUAAACAAGAAAAUAUAUUUAAUGCCAUCAAAACAACUUAUGUGCAACAAAUGCAUCCACUGUGAUGCUUUUUUAGACAGUUUCCAUUUAUGGUUUUAAUUUUAAAUUAAAAGAAUGAUAAACCAUUUUAUUUUUCUGACAAAAUGUCACCUGAAUAAAACACUUAGAAAUUCCUCUUGGUUCUGUUCAUAUAGAUUUUCUCUAGGCUCAGGGCAGUUGAAUUAUUGCUGUGUGCAGAACCUUAAGUUACUUAUAUUUGUUUUAGAAAUAAACUUGCCUGGAUGUAAUGGUUGUAUUGAGUUUAUUUAUUGAGUACCUUUGCCUCUGCACACAAAAUUAAAGCAAAGGAAAUGUCCCGAAUACGAUUGUCAUGGCCAAAGGUUUCAGAUGACACAAAUGUUGUUUGGUGGCAAACGUAAAUUUGAGAUUUGUUCUUUGUUGUUUUUUUUUUUUUUUUACAAGUCUCUCUGAUACUGAACAACAAGUAAAACAUGUCAGUUGCAAAGUCUUUAUUUGUAUACCUCUAACAGCUGUGAUGACAGUGUUGCAAACCUACUAUGAAUACUGUGUCUUUUGGGUACUGUCUUUGAUAUUCAUUCAUUAUCAAAAGAUUGGAACAUUGUGGUCAUAAAGGGCAGCAACAACACUCAGGUUGGUUCUGUGGUGUUUAGCAACGAUCAGUUGGUACUAAGGGGCUAAAAGUGUGCUGUCCCCUCACCAUUAUAACACAUGACUUUUAUUUUUGUUUUGUACUAUUAAUAAAAACUAAAAAUAAUAAAAUAUUUAUUCAUACCUGUAAUGUAACAGAGGGAAAUUAUGUAUUUUUAUUAACAGUUUACAAGGCAACAUGUUUCCAAAACAUCUUACUGUUCUUAGUGAUUUUAUUGUCUGCUGGCAGAAAUGUGCAUCCACUGGUUCCCACUCAUUCUUCGAAUCACAUGUGGUCAUCAUUUUUGAAUAAAAUUUUAAAACCCAUAAUUAUAUUAAAAAAAUGUAUAAUGUAACGUAGUGCAUUUUUCAGCCACAAGUUUUUUUUUUAUUGAAAAAAUCUUUGCUCACAAAUACAAAGAAAUAAAGAACGGAACAUAAAAUGUGUAACAAUGUAUGCCAGAGGAUUAGGCUUCUACAAGAAAUACAUGUAGUACAAGAAAAAACAACCAUGGAUAAAUUAAGUAUAUUCAAUGAUAUACAGUGUACAUUUUUGAUUGUACUUUUAUAAAUUGUGGAUAAAUAUACUGUAGUUCGAUUUCUUUAACCAAAACUGGAAAACAAGGUGGACGUGGGGAAAAUUUUCCAAAUAUUAUAAUUAUUAAAUUAUUAUUAAUUGCCAGCUUCUGUUUAUGUUAGUAUUCUUUCCAUGAAAACCAAAAAUAAAAUUUGGUGUCAAUAUUAGA